GCCGAGAUCAAAUAUUAUCAUUUGUGUUAAUAUAAACGUUUUGUUACAGAUUUAGUAAUAUAGAAGUUAAAUACAAUUCUUAUUCUCUGUUAAUUAACUGUUAUUGAGUUGGAACUUGUUAAAUCAAUUUUUGACUACCGUAUUUAAGUUUAUACUUAACAUACUUAAUCAAUCUACAAUGGGAAAAAGUUCAAAAAAGAAGCAUUCGAAAAAAAACAAAAAAGAAAGAACCAUAGAAAGUGGUGGUAUCAAAAAAUCCAAACAAGUAUUAGCAGAUUACGAUCCUACUGGACCUGUAAUGCUUUUAGGUUCAAUAUUUUCUUUUCGACAUCUCAAACCUAUACCAAUUCCUGAAAAAGAUCUUCUUGGAAAAUGUCGCUUUGUCGGAGAGUUUGAAAAGUUAAACAGAAUUGGUGAAGGAACAUAUGGUGUGGUUUAUCGGGCUAAAGAUUCAAAAUCACCCGUGGAGAAAAUAGUGGCAUUAAAAAAGGUACGCAUGGAAAAUGAAAAAGAAGGAUUACCUAUGAGUGCCCUUCGUGAAAUAUCAUUAUUACUGAAAUGUGAUCAUGAAAAUAUUGUCAGAUUACAAGAAGUUUUAGUGGGAAGAAGUUUAGACAGCAUAUUUCUUUCCAUGGAGUAUUGUGAACAUGAUUUAUCUAGCUUACUGGAUAAUAUGGCCACAGCGUUCACCGAAUCUCAAGUGAAGUGUAUAUUUUUACAGCUUUUGAAAGGACUAAAGUAUUUGCAUUCAAAUUUCAUCAUUCAUAGAGAUCUUAAAGUAUCAAAUUUAUUGAUAACAGACAAAGGCUGUGUAAAAAUAGCCGAUUUUGGACUAGCACGUUUUUUUGGUGUGCCACCGAAAAAAAUGACAGCCAAAGUAGUGACACUUUGGUACAGAGCUCCUGAAGUGUUAUUGGGUUCUCCUAAGCUAACAACAGCUAUUGAUAUGUGGGCAACUGGAUGUAUUUUUGCUGAAUUAUUACUUCACAAGCCAUUAUUGCCAGGCCGUACUGAAAUACAUCAGCUUGAUUUGAUAUGUCAACUCCUUGGUACUCCUAAUGCAUCUAUUUGGCCUGAAAUUGAUACACUACCGGCACUAAAAAACUUCACACUGAGACCUCAACCAUAUAAUAAUAUCAGACCAAAAUUCCCUUGGCUAUCAGAUGCAGGUAUUCGACUCUUAAACUUUUUGUUCAUGUAUGAACCUAGCAGAAGAGCAACAGCCGAAGAAUGUCUUCAAAGCUCAUACUUUGUGGAACCACCAUUACCUUGUGAUCCAAAAUUAAUGCCUACAUUCCCUCAACAUCGUAAUUUAAAAUUGAAAAAACCGUCUAAUCAACCAAAAGUGUGUCAAACAAUUCCACCAGUUGUUCCAUCUUUAACAGACUUGCUUAGUUGGAAGUAGAAAAAA